CAUACUGGGAGUCGUCACAAAGGGGAGGGACUCAGAGAGGGACAAUGCUUGUGUUUGUGCAACGGCCCCUGAGUGGCGGCUGGCUCUGUUGGAUCUCUUGUGCUUGACUACGGCUUCUGCACACAUUGUCAGCGUGCGGAGGGGGAAGUGGACAGCUUGAUCGAAACCAUCAAUGCACUGACAGAGAGAGUGGAUGUUUUCACAGAUAGGAAGGGUGUAAAGGUUGGCACUUCGUGCCAGCAGGCUGGCCGGGUCGACUCUGGAAGUCUGUGCUGAAACCUUUGUUGAAGAGAAUUGGAGAAAACAAUCAUAAAAAAGUAUGGCCAAGAUGGCCGAACAGAAAGUCAGCCUCCCUGCUAAGCUGAUUAACGGGGGCGUGGCUGGACUAGUGGGCGUGACCUGUGUGUUUCCCAUUGAUCUCGCUAAGACCCGCCUCCAGAAUCAGCAGGGUGCUCGAGUCUACAGUGGAUUGCUGGACUGUUUGGCGAAGACUAUCAAAAUGGAGGGCUACUUUGGCAUGUACCGAGGUGCGGCUGUAAAUCUUACUUUGGUCACUCCAGAGAAAGCCAUCAAACUGGCCGCCAAUGACGUGUUUAGACAAAAGCUCUCCAAAGAUGGAAAAUUACCUCUGUGGGGAGAAAUCCUCGCGGGCUGUGGGGCAGGAACCUGUCAGGUGGUUAUCACAACCCCCAUGGAAAUGCUAAAAAUACAACUACAGGAUGCUGGAAGGUUGGCUGCUCAGCGGACUGUAGCUGCUUCGGCUCCUGCUGCUGGUCCAACCCCCUCGCUGGUUGCCUCCCAGACAGGCACCAGUGCACCCUCUCGACGCUCAGCGACCCGUAUCACCCUGGAACUUCUAAAGACCCGAGGCCUAAGGGGUUUAUAUAAAGGCACAGGAGCUACUCUGAUGAGGGACGUUCCCUUCUCAAUGCUCUACUUCCCACUGUUCGCCAACCUCAACACAGUGGGCCGGAGAGAGGAUCACCAUAGCAACCCCCAGGAGCGGGCCCCAUUCCUGCAGUCCUUCGUAGCGGGCUGCAUGGCCGGCUCUGUGGCCGCAAUAGCUGUCACUCCUAUGGACGUUAUAAAGACACGUCUACAGACCAUGCAGAAAGGAGAAGGGGAGGACUCGUACAGAGGCGUCAUUGACUGCAUACAACGCAUUUUAAAACGAGAGGGACCAGCCGCGUUUCUCAAGGGAGCCACCUGUCGAGCAUUUGUCAUCGCUCCACUUUUCGGCAUCGCCCAGGGCGUGUACUUCCUGGGAGUUGGAGAGUAUGUGCUGGGGUUGCUGGGAUAGCGGCAGGUGAUGUCAGCUCAAUCAUCAAACACAGUACUGUUUCUACACAGGGCAUGGUAUAAUGGCGGGAAGAUAAGUGAUGAAUGAAGACUUGGAAGGGGAAGUGAAUAAUUGGUAACAAUUUUUACAUUCCGACCAAAGGAGGUUCAGACACUUCGGGAGAAGAUAGGUGGAUGUGUAAUGCUAAUAUAAAUGUCACCUUUGCACAUUAACCAUGUUAAAGUACUUAAAAGCUGAAAACAGGGUUCUUUCGUCCUGUUUUUACUAAUCUGGCAGGACUUUUUGUUUGUUAAAUUCUAUUAUUUUUAAUGGUUUGGGUUUUCUAAAUACAAAUUUUAUUUUAUAGCCCCUACUUACAAUAAUUUUUAAACCUUUAUGAAACAUGAUGAUAGUCAUGUGAUAAUAUACAAGGUUCUAGAUGAAAGGAAAUUUCAAUCAAUGUUCGGAUGGAUGAGGGUCUUGAAAGAUGAUUGACAGAUAAAUUAAAGAAGCAGAAUCAGUGAUUGUACAGGGUCUGAUAAUAUAAUCUGUGUAAUAUGGUUGCUUUAAUAUUUGACAAUUAGUAAAUCUGGCUCUUGAGGCCUUCUGUGCACAUGUCCCUCUGCAGGACAAAAUUGCAUUUUCAGUUGUCUUGUAGGCAAUAUAAUGAUCAUUGUGGGCUUAAUUGUUUAAUGCUUGUCUAAAUGAUUGCACAAUAUAUUUAAUGCAAGCCUUAUUCAUGCCACUGAAGGAUUUGGAAAAUAUGAAAAACUAACAAAACUUGCAGUUAAAACUAAAGGACCAGUGGCUUUUAAGUUUGAACAAAUUUUCUGUCACUGUGGUGGUACCCUAAGGCUCCAUUUUUACAGGUAUACUUAACAUAAUACAGUGGUCCGUGUACCUUUUUGUUGAACUGUACCUUAAGGACCAAUUGUUAAAGGUACAGUUAAAUGUUUUGUACCCCUAAAAUUUGUCCGUAGGGUUUAAUAAGGUAUAACAUUUCAAUGUGUUGUAAACCCAUAAAAAUACAAAAACAAACCUUUACCACCCCAAUGACAGAAAAGGUAAAAUUUUGUACCUUUUUUCUGACAGUGCACUUGUUCUGACUGGGAUGUUAUUUUCCUCAUUCUGUAGUAAAAGGCACAUUAUAAAACGGCUCGUUCUGGUUCUUCAUUCUGAUUGGUUGAAACGCGUUCUAAGCCGUGAUAAAAUACCCCGGUAAACCCACGGUUCAGACCGCAUCACAAGUAUCACUGCGCCACUGUUGCUGCGUACUGAUUUAUGAAAAUAAACACCUCAGUCUUUAAUCAUUUUUUUAUUUUUCUACCUUUGCACAAUUAUGGCGAUAUCCAGAUAAAUGUCAAUAAAUAUUGUUGAGUCAUUUCGUCAAAAAAGAGAAAACGUUCUCUGGGUUGUUUUUGUAUUAAAUGGAUAUUUCCGCUAUUGUCCACUAGAUGGCAAUCUUACCCAACUUAAACACUGACGCAUUUACUCAACACAACAGCGUUGUGGUGGAUUUAGCGUAACGUGUGAGUUUUGAUGGCUCUGAAUCCGAUCUCUUACAAAAGUUCUUCACAAAAAUGGAAUUAUCUCCGCUUUUGAAAAUUUGAGAGGUGAUAACUGAUAAGAGAACAAAUGAAGGUAGGAUGAAACGUUUUUUGUUGUUGUUGGAAAGCGGAUGGUCUGUUCUUUCAUUUGAUAUUUUAUGUUUAUUUAAAGAAGAUAGUUUUUCUGUUAGGCAUUAAACUAAAACUGGGUCGGGCAACUUAAAAAAAAAAAACACUGACGGGGAAAGAGCAUGCUUCCAAGCAUAUUUGAUUAUCACUUCAACAGUUGCACGAUAUAAAUGUUAAUGUAUAUUUUAGAUGAAUGUUGAUUUAUAAAAAUAAACACCACAGUCUUAAAUUAUA